UUUUCUGUGAGACGGAGACCAACUCAUGUUUUGGAUUCGUCCAUUCAAUUGUAAACGGCUAGAAGGAAAACAUCUGACCACUUUUGUACUCGUUGAUUUUAUCUGUUUUUGUACCACCUAAUUUUCACCAAAAUAUCAUGGACGUGCAUCAAGAAUUUGUUCCAUCGAGCGAUUUGUCAUCUUCUCUAGCAAUCGAUAAUCAGACGAACGGCAAUGGGACUACGUUAACAUUACCGACUGAACAAAGGCGGACGAAUGCUACUGGGCCGUGUCUGAACAAUUUGAAUGAGGAUUGUCUUCUCGAAAUAUUUUCAAACAAAUCAUUGACUCCGAUUGACUUGUGCUCUCUGGCAGAGACGUGUACUCGUUUCAAACAAAUAACCCAGAGAGUGUUUCCAAAGGAAUUCGGCAUCGAAUAUUGGGAUGACUGCGUUGGAUUGGGAUACGAAUUCAAAUCGAAAAAGUACUACCGACGUGACUACACUCUGCAGGAUGUUGAACGAAUUUUAAAGAAUUUUGGACCAUACCUUUCCACACUGAAAAUAGGCCGGGAUCUGGCUGUUGUGAAUUUGGUUGCACAAUAUUGUGCUGACAAUGUCACGUUAAAACAUCUCAAAAUCUCCGAAUUGAAAAGCAUUCAAGGUGUCAGAGUGCAAUUGAAUUCUAUCUUCAGACAGCUGCUCAAACUUUCGAUCUACGAUUGUGACUUAGUGAUUGCAUCGUCUAAUAUGGACUGUGAUUCCUUGAUUGAAUUGAACAUUUUCAAUUCAUGUGGCUGCACUGCAAUUUUGAGGCACACCUUCCCCAAUUUGAGACGAUUUAUUUGGCAUUGUUCCAACAUCUAUUCAAGGCGUGCCAACGAUGAAAGUUUCUAUUUCAUAAACUUUAUUGAACGUCAUAGACAUAUUAAAGCUAUCAAUUUGGAAGGAGUACCAGCUUACCAUAGCGAGCUUCUACAAAUUAUAAGCAGCAGUUGCAAGGAAUUGGAGGAAUUAGUUUUGAGAGAUUUAAGCGAAAAUGAAUUUUCUAAAAUUGUGAAGGUUGUUGAACGAAGGGAGCAGGAUCAUGUAUUGACAGUAAAAUGUAACUAUAAGUUUAACUACUUGGACGAUUGUGACGAAAACCGGAAAGUUAAAUUAAUAAAAUUGAAUUGAUGAUCCCGAUGAACAUUAAU